GUCCAGAGCCGGCGCGUGCGUCCGUCGGUCGGCCGGGUAGUCUGUCGGCGCGGAAAGCCCAGCGCCCCGGCGUGCGGCGGCCGCGGGGCCUGGGAGGGAAAGGGCGCGGAGGCGGGACCGCGGCUCCCUCCCACUCCGGGGGGAGCCCAGGAGGCGGCGGUGCUGAAGCGCCAGCGGAGAAGGAGGCAGCACAGCGGAGAGGCGGUCGCGAGCACGAGUGGGGUGGGGCGUGCCCACGGGCCCCCGCCCCCCUCGUCCCCCCCGCCCAGCUCCGGAGCCGCAGCCGGGCCGGCGGGCCAGGGGUCCGCGGCGCACCCUCUCCGGUGCGUUCUUCAGCCAGCCAGGCCUACCAGGACGCCGUGUGAAGCAGGAACAGGGGGGACAGGGACGCCCCCUUCAGCAGGAGCCGUCGGAGGGGCGGACCCGAGACCAGGCGAGCAGCCCCGCAGGAGCCAGGCUCAGGGUCUGGGACGCAGUCGGGAGCGCAGAGGGCCGGCUGGGCGCCGCAGAGCCAGCAGGCUGGCCCGGGCCUCCUGGGUGACAGGCCCUGCGUGGCUGGCUGGGAAGAAGUGACUGGAGACCUGCAGGAAAGAGACUGGACCUAGAGGAGGGGCGGCUGCCUCGCUGUCUUUGCUGAGCCCCGGGGACCGAGGAAUUUAGAGCAGCGUUUCCCCAUCCUGAAAAAGACGUUUGCUGUCCAGAGCAGCACCCUUUAUCUGAGACAGCGCUGGGGGCGGGGGUCCUUGGGGCCUGGAACCCCACCCCACGCUCCUUUAACUGGGGCCUCUGGGCCUCACAGAGGACCCCGGGUUCGCAAGGAGGCCUUCGGGGUCCUGGCCCCUGCGGCUGCAGCAGUGGCCAUGUCAAGGCCAGGCCAGGGUGUGAUGAUGCCCGUGAACGGGCUGGGCUUCCCACCGCAGAAUGUGGCCCGGGUGGUGGUGUGGGAGUGGCUAAAUGAGCACAGCCGCUGGCGGCCUUACACGGCCACCGUGUGCCACCACAUCGAGAACGUGCUCAAGGAGGACGCCCGUGGUUCUGUGGUCCUGGGGCAGGUGGAUACCCAGCUGGUGCCCUACAUCAUCGACCUGCAGUCCAUGCACCAGUUUCGGCAGGACACAGGCACCAUGCGGCCGGUGCGGCGCAACUUCUACGACCCGUCGUCCGCGCCGGGCAAGGGCAUCGUGUGGGAGUGGGAGAACGACGGCGGCGCGUGGACGGCCUACGACAUGGACAUCUGCAUCACCAUCCAGAACGCCUACGAGAAGCAGCACCCGUGGCUCGACCUCUCGUCGCUCGGCUUCUGCUACCUCAUCUACUUCAACAGCAUGUCGCAGAUGAACCGCCAGACGCGCCGGCGCCGCCGCCUGCGCCGCCGCCUGGACCUGGCCUACCCGCUCACCGUGGGCUCCAUCCCCAAGUCGCAGUCGUGGCCCGUGGGCGCCAGCUCGGGCCAGCCCUGCUCGUGCCAGCAGUGCCUGCUGGUCAACAGCACGCGCGCCGCCUCCAACGCCAUCCUGGCCUCGCAGCGCCGCAAGGCGCCCCCCGCGGCCCCGCCGCCGCCGCCGCCUCCCGGAGGGCCGCCCGGCGCGCUCGCCGUGCGCCCCAGCGCCACCUUCGCGGGCGCCGCGCUCUGGGCCGCGCCCGCCGCCGGCCCCGCCGAGCCCGCGCAGCCCCCCGGGGCGUCCCCUAGGAGCCCGAGCGCCCCCGGCGGCGGCGGCGGCGGCGGCGGCGGCGGCGCGCCCACCCCGGGGCAGAACAACCUCAACCGGCCCGGGCCCCAGCGCGCCACCGGCGUGAGCGCACGCGCCUCCAUCCCGCCCGGGGUCCCCGCGCUCCCGGUGAAGAACUUGAAUGGUACGGGGCCCGUCCAUCCGGCCCUGGCAGGGAUGACCGGGAUCCUGCUGUGUGCCGCCGGCCUGCCCGUGUGCCUGACGCGGGCCCCCAAGCCCAUCCUGCACCCGCCGCCCGUGAGCAAGAGCGACGUCAAGCCCGUGCCCGGCGUGCCCGGGGUGUGCCGCAAGACCAAGAAGAAGCACCUCAAGAAGAGUAAGAACCCCGAGGAUGUGGUUCGAAGGUACAUGCAGAAGGUGAAGAACCCGCCCGAUGAGGACUGCACCAUCUGCAUGGAGCGGCUGGUCACAGCAUCCGGCUACGAAGGCGUGCUUCGGCACAAGGGCGUGCGACCAGAGCUCGUGGGCCGCCUGGGCCGCUGCGGCCACAUGUACCACCUGCUGUGCCUCGUGGCCAUGUACUCCAAUGGCAACAAGGACGGCAGCCUGCAGUGCCCCACGUGCAAGGCCAUCUACGGAGAGAAGACGGGCACCCAGCCGCCCGGGAAGAUGCAGUUCCACCUCAUCCCGCACUCGCUGCCUGGCUUCGCCGACACCCAGACCAUCCGCAUCGUCUACGACAUCCCCACAGGCAUCCAGGGCCCUGAGCACCCCAACCCAGGCAAGAAGUUCACCGCAAGAGGCUUCCCGCGUCACUGCUACCUGCCCAACAACGAGAAGGGCCGGAAGGUGUUGAGGCUGCUCAUCACCGCCUGGGAGCGGAGACUCAUCUUCACCAUCGGCACGUCCAACACCACAGGCGAGUCGGACACCGUGGUGUGGAACGAGAUCCACCACAAGACCGAGUUUGGAUCCAACCUCACCGGCCACGGCUACCCGGACGCUAGCUACCUAGACAAUGUGCUGGCCGAGCUCACAGCCCAGGGCGUGUCCGAGGCUGCAGCCAAGGCCUGAGGCCCCGGGGGCGGCCCACCUUCCCUCCUGCUUUGCCCCUGGUCCGGCACUUGCCUCCCUCUGCCAGGCGCGUCCUGGUGGCCCGGGUUCAGGGCUGGGGAGGAGCCCGCGGAAGGAGCCAGAAGCGUCCUGGGGAUUUGGCUGAUGGCGGUUGGAACGAUGGGAGGAGGAUGGCAGGCCAGCCGGCUCCGACCCGUAGCUCCCUGAGAGGGUGGCGGAGAGAACACCGGAACCACAGUAACCUCCCUACGGGAAAGACAGAGCCCCACCCCCUCGCGCAAACACACGCGUCCUGGUGAACACACGCACGCACACCCACGUGCCUCUACUUACCCCCAGGCUGGGGGGAAAGAGACAGAAGACCCCUGUGACACUCCAUGUGGACUCCCACCCGCGUCUCUAUCACAUCUGUGUAGGCUUGUCUGCAGGCGGGAUUCAGCUCAAGCGCCUGGGGGAAAGGGGCCCCCCUCUGCUACCCACUGAUGGGCACUUGUGGGCCCCGGGGGGGCAGAACCCCAGGUUAGUCAGCAGUUUUGCAAAGGGGCAGGCCAGAGAGAGGGGGACUAGAGGGACCUUGUUUUGUGCUUGUGUCUCUUCAUCCUUCUGGGACUCUCACCUCCUUCUUCUCCCCUCCCGUCCCCAGGCCUAUGUCUGUCCCAGAUAAAGGCACUGUUCUCCUUUCCUCCCCAUCCUGUCCUCUCCGCCAAAUCGCUCCCAACGCCGAGAUCCAAAGGCUGGAUGAGGCCGAGCUUAGGCCAGCGGGUCUAAAAAAGCAGACCGGACAGCAACGAGUCCAUUUCCCUUUCUUGGGAGUGGGCAGUGGGGUGGCUGAUGGUCUUGGCCAACCAGGGGCCUGUUGCCCAGGCAACUCACCAGCUCCGCCUCUGUUGAUUGGCUGCCGCGGUGGAAGUCAGCCAAGAUUUAAAGGGACGCCAGCGAUUGCUCUUUGGAAAACCUACCCGUCCCACUGUGGGUGGAGAAAUAAAUGGUCUUUCUCCUCCUCA